GAGGUGGGCAGUGUAAAAUUCCUUGUCUCUUUUCUCCACCAAGAGAAUCCAAAACCAUCCGUCAAAAUGGUGAACUUUACCGUAGACCAGAUCCGUGCCAUCAUGGACAAGAAGGCCAACAUCCGUAACAUGUCUGUGAUUGCCCACGUUGACCAUGGAAAGUCAACUUUGACAGAUUCUCUGGUGUCGAAGGCUGGCAUCAUUGCCUCAGCUCGCGCUGGAGAAACUCGUUUCACAGACACGCGUAAGGAUGAACAGGAGCGUUGCAUUACCAUCAAGUCUACAGCUAUCUCCUUGUACUACGAGCUGAGUGAAAACGACUUGGCUUUCAUUAAGCAGAGCAGGGAUGGCUCUGGCUUCUUGAUCAACCUGAUUGACUCACCAGGGCACGUUGACUUCUCUUCUGAGGUGACUGCUGCUCUCCGUGUCACAGAUGGAGCCCUGGUUGUUGUGGACUGUGUUUCUGGCGUGUGUGUGCAAACUGAGACCGUGCUCCGUCAGGCCAUUGGUGAGCGUAUCAAGCCAGUCCUGAUGAUGAACAAGAUGGACCGUGCCUUGCUUGAGUUGCAGCUUGAACCUGAAGACCUUUACCAGACCUUCCAGCGUAUUGUGGAGUCCGUCAACGUCAUCAUCUCCACCUAUGGAGAGGAUGAGAAUGGACCUAUGGGUGACAUCAUGGUUGAUCCAGUAAUUGGCACAGUUGGCUUUGGCUCUGGACUCCAUGGCUGGGCAUUCACCCUCAAGCAGUUUGCUGAGAUGUAUGCAUCCAAGUUUGCUGCCAAGGGCAACACCCAGAUGACUGCACCUGAGCGUUCCAAGAAGGUGGAAGACAUGAUGAAGAAGCUGUGGGGAGAUAGGUACUUUGAUGGGGAGAACGGCAAGUUUGUCAAGAGUGCUAUUGGAGCUGAUGGCAAGAGGUACUCCCGCACCUUCUGUGCUCUUGUGCUGGAUCCCAUCUUCAAGGUGUUUGAUGCCAUCAUGAACUUCAAGAAAGAGGAAACUGCCAAGCUGAUCACCAAGAUGGAAAUUAAGUUGGAUGCUGAGGACAAGGACAAGGAGGGUAAACCUCUCCUGAAGGCUGUCAUGCGCCGCUGGCUGCCUGCUGGAGAAGCCCUUCUCCAAAUGAUCACCAUUCACCUGCCUUCCCCUGUCACUGCCCAGAAGUACCGCUGUGAGCUGCUGUAUGAAGGACCUGGAGAUGAUGAGGCUGCCAUGGGUAUCAAGAACUGUGACCCCAAGGCUCCCCUGAUGAUGUAUAUCUCAAAGAUGGUACCCACCAGUGACAAGGGUCGCUUCUAUGCCUUCGGUCGUGUGUUCUCUGGGAGUGUGUCCACUGGCCUGAAAGUUCGUAUCAUGGGACCAAACUUUGUCCCUGGAAAGAAGGACGACCUGUACUUGAAGCCAAUUCAGAGGACCAUUUUGAUGAUGGGCCGCUACGUUGAACCCAUUGAAGAUGUGCCUUGUGGUAACAUCGUGGGUCUGGUUGGAGUGGACCAGUACCUUGUCAAGACCGGAACCAUCACCACCUAUGAGCAGUCACACAACAUGAGAGUGAUGAAGUUCAGUGUCAGCCCUGUGGUGAGAGUUGCUGUGGAGGCCAAGAACCCUGCCGACCUACCCAAGCUUGUGGAGGGCUUGAAGCGUCUGUCGAAGUCCGAUCCUAUGGUCCAGUGCAUCAUUGAGGAAUCUGGAGAGCAUAUCGUUGCUGGAGCUGGAGAGCUGCAUCUGGAGAUCUGCCUGAAAGAUCUGGAGGAGGACCAUGCUUGCAUUCCACUCAAGAAAUCUGACCCAGUGGUAUCCUACAGAGAGACCGUCAGCGAAGAAUCAAGUGUCAUGUGUCUGUCAAAGUCGCCCAACAAGCACAACCGUCUGUUCAUGAAGGCUCGUCCCUUCGAAGAGGGUCUGGCAGAGGACAUCGAGAAGGGUGACGUUACAGCUCGUCAGGAGAUGAAGACCCGUGCCCGUUACCUUGCCGAUAAGUAUGAGUGGGAUGUCGGUGAGGCCAGAAAGAUCUGGUGCUUCGGACCUGACGGAACUGGCCCCAACAUGCUGGUGGAUGUGACCAAGGGAGUGCAGUACCUUAAUGAGAUCAAGGACAGUGUUGUGGCUGGUUUCCAGUGGGCCGUCAAGGAGGGUGUCCUCUGUGAAGAGAACAUGCGUGCCAUUCGCUUUGACAUCCAUGACGUGACCCUGCACACAGACGCUAUUCACCGUGGUGGUGGUCAGAUUAUCCCCACAGCCCGCAGAGCCUUGUAUGCUUGUGAGCUCACAGCAGAUCCCAGGCUUAUGGAGCCCGUCUACCUGGUGGAGAUCCAGUGUCCUGAGACAGCAAUGGGUGGAAUCUACGGUGUGUUGACCAGGAGACGUGGUCAUGUGUUUGAGGAGGGCAGAGUCAUGGGAACACCCAUGUACGUCAUCAAGGCCUACUUGCCUGUCAUGGAGUCCUUCGGUUUCACAGCCGACCUUCGUUCCAACACUGGUGGCCAGGCCUUCCCACAGUGCGUGUUCGACCAUUGGCAGAUCCUCCCUGGAAACCCCCUGGAGGCAGCAACCAAGCCUGGUAUCGUUGUCCUCGAGACACGCAAACGCAAGGGUCUCAAAGAAGGUGUCCCAGCCUUGGACAACUACCUGGACAAAUUGUAAAAGCCUGAACCUGGCUCGUCUCAUUCCUCUCUACCAACACAAAAGAAGUCAACAUUGUAGAACUGAACUGUACAGAACACAGUGAGCACUAAAUAUUGCCAAAAGGAUCGACAAUAAUAAUUAAACAACUGAAAAAAUUGUAAACAAUUAAUAAAAGAAAAUAAAAACUUU